AUGCACGAGAGGGCUGAGCACAGGGUCCACACCGGGGCCUGGGCUUCAUGCAGGAGCAGAUGCCUGGAAGAGGAGGAGAAACUAUUAGACGAGCAGGUAAGUUCUGAGGCAACCCUUUUGCCGAAAACUACAAGUGCCCUAGAAAAAUCAGGGUUCCCAGAACAAUCCACAAGAGGAUACAGCUGCUGCCAUCAGCUGGAGUGCAAGAAUGGAUGGAGAAUCAUUUUGAUUCACAGUGAAUUUUCACUAUUUUUAAAGCCCGGCUUCGGGCCUGACGUCAGGAUUCCUGACCUGCGUUCGUCUCCCGCGGUGCCAGAGCCCUUUUCAUCCUCGCCCUCCUCCUCGCUCCCCCGACUCGCGGUGACUCACGCUGCCAUCACGCAGCAUCGCUCAACGCCCACGCGGACGCGGGGCCUUGCUCCGUCCCGCGCAGAGCUGCGUGCCUGUCUCCCGCCUCCUGGGAGCUUAGGAUCUGCUCAAGCAAUUUCAGAGGCCGUGCAGGGAGAGGAAGAUAAAGCAGCCAAGCAACACUUCAGAUAA